GAAUCAAGGGACGACUGAACAGACUUCCUGCUGCUGGUGUGGGCGACAUGGUGAUGGCCACGAUUAAGAAAGGCAAACCAGAGCUGAGAAAAAAGGUCCAUCCAGCCGUUGUAAUUCGACAACGAAAGUUAUAUCGAAGAAAAGAUGGGGUGUUUCUCUAUUUUGAAGACAAUGCAGGGGUCAUAGUAAACAAUAAAGGCGAGAUGAAAGGUUCUGCUAUCACGGGUCCAGUUGCAAAGGAGUGUUCAGACUUGUGGCCCAGGAUUGCAUCGAAUGCAGGCAGCAUUGCGUGACUCUCCAGUGCAUUUGUAAAAUAGAUUCAUUAAAAGACUUUCUUGACACCUUCACCAAUGCC